AUGGCAUCGAUCACAAGCAGCGAUGACGACAGAGACCUCGAGAUGACAGAGCUGGCAAGCGAAGAGCUGGCCGAGGAUUACACCAGGCUCGGGGUCUCCCAGUACGCCCGCAUCGAUCAGCCCACGCCCUGCUCGCAAGUCCCUCCGCGGCUUCGGCUCAACCUCGAGUGGCGCAACCUCACCCUCAAGUUCGUCGUGCCCACGCCGCCCGCCAACCCCGUGCUCCGCCUCCUGCUCGGCUUCCUCCCCCUGCCCGGUGCCCUGACGGGCUGCCUGGGCUCGGCCAUGGAGAUUCCGAUCCUGAACAACGUGAGCGGGAGCGUGCGCGCGGGCGAGCUCGUUGCCAUCAUGGGUCCCACCGGCUCGGGCAAGACCACCCUCCUCAACGUCCUCUCCAAGCGCAUCACCCACGGCGGCGCCAAGCACCUCACGGGCCAGGUGCUGAUCAACGGCAACGAUAAGGUCACGCCGGCGCGGCUCAAGCGGCGCAUGGCCUACGUGAUGCAGGAGGAUAUCUUCUUUCCGGAGAUAAGCGUGCGGGAGACGGUGCGCACGGCGGCCAUGCUCAAGCUGCCGCGCACGAUGUCGGCCGCCGACAAGAAGGCCGCGGUCGAGAGCGUGCUGAGCGAGCUCGGCAUUGUGCGGUGCGCCAACACGAUCGUGGGCAACGCCUGGAAGAGGGGUGUAUCCGGAGGCGAGAAGAAGCGAACAAACAUCGCCACGGAGAUCGUAGGCAACCGCUCCCUCGUCUUCCUUGACGAGCCCACAUCGGGGUUGGAUGCGGCGACGUCGCUGGGCCUUGUGGUGUCGAUGCGCGCGCUGGCCCAGAGCGGACACACGGUGGUGUCGACCAUCCACCAGCCGUCGUCGGCCAUGUUCCUCAUGUUCGACCGAGUGAUCCUGCUGGCCGAGGGCGGGUGGACGGUCUACUCGGGUCCCACCAAAGACGUCCUCUCCUACUUUGCCUCGCUCGGCCUUCACACCCCCGGCCCACAAUACAAUGCGGCCGACUUCAUGCUCGAGGUGGUGAGCUCGACGCGCACGAUCAAGGACGGAAGGACGGUGCGGCAGCUCCUGAUCGAUUCCUACGCUGCCAACCACCCCACCACAGACGACGGGGCCAAGAAGCAGCCCCUGCUCAUCGCCGACGAUGACGAUCAGCCCGAGAAGAGUACCACCACUACGAAGAACAAUAACACCGGCCAGUGGGGAGAAGAGGCGUCGCUCAAGGACGUGCGAAAGGGGGCCAAGUACCCGACGCACUUCCUCCAGCAACUGCGGGUCCUCACCGUGCGCACCUUCAAGCAGCGCCGACCAGCGAUCCUCUCCGCUCCCCAGAUCAUUGUCGUAGUCAUCUUUGCCAUCGCCUCCAGCCUCUUCUGGCUGCGAAUGGACAAAGACGAGGAGAGCUUGGCCGAUCGCAACGCAUUCCUGUUUUACAGUGCCAUGUAUUGGACGAUGGAUACGAUGUUCAUUACCAUGUUGGCAUUCCCCGGAGAGCGGGCAGUGCUGAACAAGGAGCGGGACACGGGUACCUACCGCCUGUCCUCCUACUUCCUGGCCAAGGUCCUCGCCGAGACGCCACUCGAUCUUGUCCUUCCGCUCUUCUUCGGUUGCAUCACCUACUGGGUGGUGGGCUUGUCCGCGCACGCGGGGGCCUUCUUCCUGUGGCUCCUGAGCCUGUGCCUGCUCACGCUCCUGGGAAGCGGAUUGGGCCUCAUAGUGGGCGCAGCGAUCCCCAACAUUCAGCAGGCCAUCACCAUCGCGGUCAUCUUCAUCCUCAGUUCCAUCAUCCUAGGCGGGUUCUUCCUGUCCCAGCAGUCCCUGCGCGUGUGGAUCGCGUGGGCCAGGUGGAUCUCAAUCAUCAAGUACAGCUACGAGCUGCUCCUCCUCACCGAGUACCAGGUGGGCGACGACACCUACACGCCAGCGGUGGUGAACAACCAGUACCCAACAACGGGCGGCGUGAUCACGGGCGAUGACGUGCUGGACCACCUCAACGUUGAAACCACUAUCUGGGCCGACAUCCUGUUCCUGGUGGGCAUGAUCAUUGUCACGCGCCUGCUGGCCUACUUGGCUCUUCGCUUCCUCAACAAGAAGCAGUUUUAA